AUGCGGGUGGCGCGUACACACAAAGACAUCGUGGAGGCAGCCGCCGUGAGUGCGUACCGAUUGAACUUCGAAGCCGCACGGUCCUUCGACCUGGAAGACGACGAGCUGUUCUGUCCGUUUAGCUUGUUGACCGAUGAGGAUCUCACCUCCAUGCACUCCUCCGGAUCCGAUCGUUCGUCGCUAUCCAGCGGCUCCCCCGAGCAAUCGCCUCUGCAACAUCAACUCCAACCUACACCCGCCUUCAUGCUUCCCGCUUCGACCUACCUACAAUCCCUCUCAUCGCAACAUCCAUCAUCGACAAAGAUACACCAGCCAAUCGCACAACGCUCCUCUGGCAAGGCCAUCCCGAUCGUCAAUCCAGCCACUCGCAACAUCGCAAGCCCUCCUCCAUCUAUCUCGCCUGCAAGACAGAUGGUUGGACGGGUUUGGUAA